AAAACACAGGAAAUAGUGUGACGUAUUUCCUGUACGAGUGCAUGGCGGAGUCUGAGUGGAUGCAAAGAAGCUGAAAGUGAUCAAAAUAACUAGUUAAUGAAAAAACUUGGAAGGUGAUGCCACAUUAAUACGUCGUGUUAGCACCAAACUGAGAUUUCGUUAAGUCUGGGUUGUUUAUUUUAUGUCGGAUAUGGCCAUGGCUCAAGGAUUUAGAAGCAGCAAGCAAGAUUUCGCUUUCGGACCGUGGAAGAUCACUGCAGCGAAAACACACAUAAUGAAAUCAAAAGACAUUGAACGUUUGGCUGAGGAGAUGCAUAUGCCUGCUCUUCCAGAGAUGCUAUUCGGGGAUAAUGUGUUACGCAUUCAGCAUUCGGACGGUUUUGGCAUAGAGUUCAACGCAAUCGAUGCCCUCAAGCGCGUAAAUAAUCUGCAGGACUCCGUGAAAGUUGCCUGUGCUCAGGAGUGGCAGGAAAGCAGAGCGGAUUCCGAACACUCCAAGGAAGUGGUGAAACGCUAUGACUGGACAUACACCACCGAUUAUAGGGGUACGCUGUUAGGAGAAGAUAUGAGGAUAACGCCAACAACCGAGCGCAUAGACUUGGAGAGGCUGAAGGCGCGGGAACAGAUCGUUUUCUUCGAGGACGUGCUGCUGUUCGAGGACGAGCUACACGACCACGGUGUGUCAAUGAUCAGCGCAAAGAUACGAGUGAUGCCUACCAGCUUUUUCCUGUUGCUACGGUUCUUCUUGCGCGUUGACGGUGUGCUCAUUCGCAUUCAUGACACCAGACUUUAUCACGAAGCCGGGAAGAACUUCAUGUUAAGGGAGUUUAGUGCUCGAGAGAGCAAAAUCUCAGAACUGAAGCAUGUUCCACCAGCCCUGUACACAGACCCCAACGAGGUUGCCCAGUAUCUGCCUCUACGCUUGACCGAGUGUGAGAAACUGGACUUUCCGUUGAAAGAAUGAGUCUGAUUGACGGCUAUGUAAACCAGUUCUGAGGGGAGUGAUUUGUAAUGUGCAGUGUCAUCAGAUGUAUUGAACAGACGGGCAUGGUCCUACAACACAGCACUCUAAACUUGUGGCACUUAUUCCUCUUCAUUUGAAUUUAAAUGUCGGUGCGUUUGAAUAAUAAAUUGACCAUGUUGUAUGUGA